CCGCAUUUUCCUUACAAAACGGAGCAGCUUCCUGCGCACUCUCCCUUUGUAAAGUAACACCGGAGUCAUAGGUAGAAGUUAGAGGGAGUUUGAGGACCCAUCCACCACGUCUACACACUUCCCCUCUCCACUACAGUGAGCGAGAGAGAGAGAGAGGCUUUGAGGAGACUGCUGCAGCACCAGAAAGCAGCAACUAGCCCAGUGCAAAACACGAACGGAAGAUGAUACGGUUAACGGUUCCGAUGAUGAUUCUCCUGGCUUUUCUAGUGACAUUCGUGGCGUGCAACGCGCCUCCGGUACCGUUAGAUGACAUCGUGAUUGAGAAGACGUUCACCCCGGAGCGCUGCGACCGGGUGGUCAAGUCUGGAGACUUUGUUCGGUAUCAUUACAUCGGCAUGUUCCCUGAUGGAAAGAAGUUUGACUCCAGUUAUGACCGUAGCACCACCUAUAAUGUGUUUGUUGGCCAGAAGCAGUUGAUUGCUGGGAUGGACAAAGCUUUAGUGGGCAUGUGUGUUAAUGAAAGAUGGAUGAUCAAAAUCCCUCCACAGCUCGCUUACGGAAAGGAUGGUUACGGUGACACCAUCCCCCCAGAUUCUAUCCUUCACUUUGAUGUGUUGAUGUUGGACAUUUGGAACAAAGAGGACAAGGUGCAGAUAAAGACCUACCACAAGCCAGAGAGCUGUGGGCGCACUGUACAAGUGUCUGAUUAUGUCCGUUACCACUACAAUGGUACUUUACUCGAUGGCACACUAUUCGACUCCAGUCACACACGUAUGCGCACUUAUGACACUUAUGUGGGGAUUGGCUGGCUCAUUGCUGGAAUGGACCAGGGGCUUUUGGGAAUGUGUGUGGGAGAAAAACGCAUCAUCACCUUGCCACCUUUCCUUGGCUAUGGAGAAAAUGGAGAUGGAAGUGACAUCCCUGCUCAGGCCUCUCUGGUCUUUGAUGUGGUUCUGCUGGACCUUCAUAACCCUAAAGAUGAAAUCACUGUAGAGGUGCAAAGCCUUCCAGAUCCCUGUCCACGCAAGAGCGUAGUAGGAGACUUCAUGCGUUACCAUUAUAACGGAUCCCUGCUGGACGGCACAUUCUUUGACUCCAGUUACUCAAGGAAUAACACAUAUGACACAUACAUCGGUAAAGGCUAUGUGAUCGCAGGCAUGGACCAAGGACUCCUGGGUGUGUGUGUCGGAGAACGCAGGAGGAUUGUUAUCCCACCUCACCUGGCAUAUGGAGAAGAGGGCACAGGAACUAAGAUCCCUGGCUCAGCUGUGCUGGUGUUCGAUGUCCACAUUAUUGAUUUCCACAACCCAUCUGAUACCGUUGAGAUCACCAGUGUGAAGCCAGAGAACUGCAGCAGGAUUGCAAAAAGUGGUGACUUUGUCAAAUACCACUACAACGCCACUCUCAUGGACGGCACUUUCAUUGGCUCCACGCACACCUUAGGUAAGACAUACGAUGUGGUUCUGGGGGCUGGACAGGUGGUCAUAGGCAUGGAACAAGGCCUUAUAGGAAUGUGUGUUGGAGAGAAGCGCAAGCUAGUCAUUCCACCUCACCUUGGUUAUGGAGAGAGGGGAGUAGAUGGGGAGGUGCCUGGAAGUGCCGUGCUGGUGUUUGAUGUUGAGUUGGUGGACCUCGAAGAAGGUCUUCCUGAAGGAUACAUGUUUGUGUGGAACAGCGAAGUCUCACCCAACCUAUUUAGUGAGAUGGACAAAAACAAAGACGCACAAGUGGACGCUACUGAGUUUUCAGAUUACAUCCUCCAGCAGGUAGAAGAGGGCAAAGGUCGUCUGGCGCCAGGUUUUGAGCCGCAGCGCAUUAUAAAGAAUAUGUACGAUAACCAGGACCGUAACAAGGACGGGCGAAUCACAGAGGAUGAGUUUAAACUCAAGGCAGAUGAAGAAGUUGCUCAUGAUGAGUUAUGAGGCUGGACUCAGGAAUGGAGGGUUGUGACUGGUCGUUCUGUGGUCGAUUAUUAUAAAUGGGAAGGGUGUAAAGAUACUGAAUUUGACAAGUGAAGUGUCUCCCUGUAAUGCUGUUGACUGUAGAUGUUUGUCUGAGAGGUGUGUGCAUAUGUGAAUGUGCAUAAUUGCGUUUUUAUAUGAUUUUUUUGUUGUUGUUUUUUGUACGGGUCUCUAAAUGUUUGUAAGCGUCUGGAGUGAUACAAAUGUGCAAAACAUUACUUUGUAAAAAAAGAAAAAAUCCCUUAAAUAAAACACAUUCCAACCCCCAAA